AUGUACGAAAAGGGGAAGAACGUGAUGGGCAAGAGUCUGCGGCUGGAGAUCGAGGAAAUGUGGGCCCCCCUCAGGGAGAUACAGGCCGAGGAUGCGGCAAUAAAGAAAGCCAACGAGGAGGCCGGCUUGGGCUCUCAAUACGCCAGGGGGGAGCACGUGUACAGUCAAUGGCGGGAGCGGAUGGCAAAGGCCCGAGACGACGCAAGUCCCGUCUUCACCCCUCGCGGGAACAGCCUCCAAGUUAACCUGGGUGGCAUUACGGAGAGGGCGGCAGAAAUGCGCAGCCCACGGGCGAAUGAUGCAGCGGUGGCGAUAUCGGCCGGAGCGAACCACGUGCUUCUCGUGCACAGGUCGGGACAGCUCUACACGUGGGGCGUCGGUGCGAGCGGGCGUUUAGGGCUUGACCUUUCGCAGGGGGGAAACCCUCAGGCUGACGCCGCCGCUGCCACCGUCAUACAAGCGUUCUCCGGGAGACCCGUCUUGAGGGCCAGUGCCGGGUACAACCACAGCAGCGCCAUCACCACAUCCGGCAGAGUGUAUACCUGGGGGAGCGCUGCCACAGGAAAGCUUGGGCUCGGCAUGGUGGAUAGGGACGUGUACUGCAGCGUGCCCACCAGGGUGAUGGUCGAUUCGCCUACCAAGGUUAAGGAGAUCAGCUGCGGUGCGGCUCACACGGCGUGCGUGACAGCAUCGGGACAUCUGUUCAUCUGGGGCUGCGGAGACGGCGGGAGGCUUGGGCUGGGAGAGGAGAGGCUCGGUCCCCAGUACGAGCCGGUGCUCGUGGAGUCGUUGGCGACGGGAGGGCAGAGGAUCGGGGCGGUUAGCUGCGGGAACUCGCACACUCUGGCGCUGACGGCGGUCCGAGAGGCACACGAGGGCGAGGGUGAGGGCCGGGCGAAGGCUCUAAGGGGAGGGCGGGUGUAUCAAGCCGGCUCCACAAACGUUCUCGGAACCUUCUGUCCAGCCUUCAAGCCCACCAUGGGCCUGGAUGAAGUCAUGGUCAAGCAGGUGUCUGCCGGGUAUGGGCACAGCUGUUGCUGCACGAUGGACGGGGAGCUCUACACGUGGGGGAGCAACCGCGACGGCUGCCUCGGCCUGCCUCGCUCGACAAAGUUUGCCAACUUUCCUCAGUUGGUGACCUGCCUAUACGUGAGCCCCAAGAACCUGGCCAUGGGCCGUCCCUCUCGCCAGAGCAGCGUGUACGACGGCCUGAGCGCGGGAAUGGCGGUCGACGGGGACCGGUCCGGAGACCACUACCGCAAGUGCUCCUGCACGCAGCAGGACCCCCAGGGGUGGUGGGAGGUAGACCUGGGGCAGCUGGUGCACGUGCACCAAGUGAAGAUCUGGAACAGGUGCGACGAGCCCAAGGAUCCAUCCAUGGAGCGCAACUUUUACGCGAAGAGGCUUUUUCCGUGCUGGGUGAUGGCCUCCCAGGAGCCUUUCAAGGAUGACGUUGGCGGGGCGGCUCUGCUGGACGCCAUGAACACUGCCGUCGCUCGUGCUCACUUCAAGGAGGAGCAAAGGUGCUUGGUUUGGAGGUGCCCAGACCAAACAAUGGCGCGCUACGUGCGCGUCCAGUUGCAAGGGUUUGACUUCCUCCAUAUGGCGCAGGUGGAAGUGUUCGGCACGACGGGGGCAAGGCGUUCCCCCGGAAAGGUGACGCACUGCUGCGCCGGCAAGUACGUGACCACCGCCGUCAUGGCAGCGAUGCAGGACUCGGCCGACGUGGAGACGGUGUACAAGAGAGCCGUGCAGGCAGACGCCUUCAACGCGGAGGUGCUCAGGGAGUUCGAGACCUUCUUCGCCGCGUACGACCAGUGGGGUAGAGGGGAUGCCAUCAAGUUGGGAUCGGGCCUCGAGACUGCCUGA